ACGCUGGUGGCGCUCUCCGAAGUCGGAGAGAGCUGAAAACUGACAUGGCGAUUCUGGUUGGGGUUCCAAAACAUUUUCCAACUGCAGUGAAUGCCCUCCAUACAUUCCCACAAGAUGUAUUUGCAGAGCUCUGCAAGCAAGUCUUGUUGUACUUGCAGUCCAGUCAUGCUCCAGUGAACGCAAGUCACUUCCUUGAAAAAUUAGAUGAAGCAGGUGUUGAGAGUAAUAGAGAAGUUGUUGAGUCUGCCAUUGAGGCCAUUGGAUUUGUCUUCAGAUCAUGUGCAAAGUGCAAUGCAACUCCUGAGCAGUUAGUUGAUGAACUUAGCAAGUCCUUAUUAUGGGAUGCUACAACAGUGUCUGUUAUGAAGCACCUGUGGAAGGAGCAGGGAAAGAUGUUAACUGCAUCUGAUUGUGCCAUGCAACUGCUGAGUGUUGGUAAACUUAUUGACAUGAAAUGGAAGCUAGGCAUGGCUAUGACAUCACAAUCAUGUAAAAACCUCAACUCUCCAUUAGUCACCAUCUCUCUGAAAGUGGCAAGUCCAUCUGGGAAUAUAGCGACAACAUCAUUUGAAAUGACUGUUCCAGAAUUUCAGAGCUUUAGCAAACAAAUGAAAGAGAUGGCCAGCAUGUUGGACACUGCAUAAGCCAACUCGUAUAGUGUGAUCAGAUGUCUUCAUCAUCAUAUCAGAAUUGUCUGGACUGUCCCAUGAUGCCAUGUAGACAUACUUAAAUCAGACACCAUGUAAACCAGAAUGUGUGUGCUUAAAUGAAGACACUUUAUAAAUCGAAUUUACAGACUGUGAUUAAACCUGGACAUCAUGUAAUCCAGACUCGGAUGGUUUGAUUUAACUUAGACAUGGCAUAAAUCAAACUUACACAGUGUGAACAAACUUGGACACCAUGUAAACCAGACUCGGGUGGUUUUGAUUUAAAUUAGACAAGGCAUAAAUCAAACUUACGCGGUGUGAUUAAACCUGGAAACCAUAUAAACCAGACUAAUAUGGUGUCAUUCGCAAAUUAUAAUGGGCACCAUUAUAUGAACCAGACUUGGGUGUUGUAAUUUCAAUAGACUGCAUAAACUCAACUUGAAACCUGGUUAUUUUGCAAUAAAAGCAAACACUUAUUAUAAAUGGUGUGUCAUAAUGUUUGAAUUUACAGAUCAUCAAAUAUACGCUUAUGCUUUUUCUUCUUUCUUUAUUAUUCAAAAGACAAAAUUUAAACAUAUACAAUGGAAACACAUAUGAAAUAACAUAUCCUUUAGAUAAAAGGAGGUUGAAAAGAGGCAACUUCAUGCCUAUCGAGCUCAACAUCCAAUGAAAUCAAAUUAAUAGUAAAUUAAAACAAACGCUUCAAUAAUAGUCAUAAUAAUAGUAAUAAUAAGCUAAAAACAUGCCGUAGAGAAAAAUCGAGAUGGAAAUUGAAGUAACAACCUUUUAUUGUAGUAAAAAUUAUUUGAAUUUGGUUUUUAAGGUGUUUCUGUGUUUAAUUUUACGAAUGAGUAUUGGUAUUUCAUUUCUACAGAAGUAAUUGAAAGUUGUAUAGUUGUAGUGGCUGCUUUCGGUUGAUAUAGAUUUCCCUUUGAUCUUUGCCUAGUAAAUAAAAUAAA